AUGGAAUAUCAGAUAUUGAAAAUGUCUCCCUGCCUGUUCAUCCUUCUGUUUCUUACACCUGGUAUUUUAUGCAUUUGUCCUCUCCAAUGCAUAUGCACAGAGAGGCACAGGCAUGUGGACUGUUCAGGCAGAAAUUUGACUACAUUACCAUCUGGACUGCAAGAGAAUAUCAUACAUUUAAACCUGUCUUAUAACCACUUUACUGAUCUGCAUAACCAGUUAACCCAGUAUACCAAUCUGAGGACCCUGGACAUUUCAAACAACAGGUUUGAAAGCCUGCCUGCUCAGUUACCUCGGUCUCUCUGGAACAUGUCUGCUGCUAACAACAACAUUAAACUUCUUGACAAAUCUGAUACUGCUUAUCAGUGGAAUCUUAAAUAUCUGGAUGUUUCUAAGAAUAUGCUGGAAAAAGUUGUCCUCAUUAAAAAUACACUAAGAAGUCUUGAGGUUCUCAAUCUCAGUAGUAACAAACUUUGGACAGUUCCAACCAACAUGCCCUCCAAACUACAUAUUGUGGACCUGUCUAAUAAUUCCUUGACACAAAUCCUUCCAGGAACAUUAAUAAACCUGACAAAUGUCACACAUCUUUACCUACACAACAAUAAGUUCACAUUCAUUCCAGAUCACUCUUUUGACCAACUCUUUCAGUUGCAAGAGAUAACCCUUUACAAUAACAGGUGGUCAUGUGACCACAAACAAAACAUUACUUACUUAUUGAAGUGGAUGAUGGAAACAAAGGCUCAUGUAAUAGGGACUCCCUGUUCUAACCAGAUAUCAUCUUUGAAAGAACAUAACAUAUAUCCCACACCUUCUGGAUUCACCUCAAGCUUAUUCACUGUAAGUGGGACGCAGUCAGUGGACACCAUUAACUCUCUGAGUAUGGUAACUCAACCCAAAGUGACUAAAACACCCAAACAAUAUCGAACAAAGGAAACAACGUUUGGUGCUACUCUAAGCAAAGACACCGCCUUUACUAGUACUGAUAAGGCAUUUGUGCCCUAUCCAGAAGAUACAGCCACAGAAAUGAUCAAUUCACAUGAAGCAGCAGCUGCAACUCUAACUAUUCAUCUCCAAGAUGGAAUGGUUACAAACACAAGCCUCACUAGCUCAACAAAAUCAUCCCCAACACCCAUGACCCUAAGUAUCACUAGUGGCAUGCCAAAUAAUUUCUCUGAAAUGCCUCAACAAAGCACAACCCUUAACUUACGGAGGGAAGAAACUACCACAAAUGUAAAGACUCACUUAUCUUCUGUGGCAAGUGCUUGGAAAAUAAAUGCUUCAUUUCUCUUAAUGCUCAAUGCUGUGGUCAUGCUGGCUGUCUGA